ACCGGCUCGUCAGUUUCGAUCGCGCCGCGCGACGCUCCGCACGUUUGGAACGUAAAUGACAAUAACGGUUAUUCGCUGCAAAAUAUCCGAACGAUUGUAAACUUUAUUGUUCCCGUGUUAUUGUUGCAAAUACGUCGGCCGUGGUAUUCUAACAUUCGGGUAAGGGGGACGCUAUGGACCACGCAGACAGUUGUGUGAAGUGCUAGUGUUGUGCGUAACGGUUAUCGACAAGUUAUAUCACUGUGGAUCAGCUAUGAUGUGAGACUGUUAUUGUGAAGUGCCAAAAAUGCCGUCGGAAAGUGGCUCUGCGUGGUCGCCACCGGCUUCUAACAGUGAGAGGCGAUUGAGCAACUCAUCAGAUGGCAGUGCUUGCAGCGGUUAUUCUAAAGCUACGACAGACAGCGCAGACUUCCUGGCAACACGUGCCCAUACUGCGGCGGUCAUCCCGGGCAAGCCAGCGGCCAACCCGCUACAGUUCGUGCGAGUUGGUCCUGCCGACCUCGGCAGUCGCGCACGCGAGCAACUCCGCAGGGCGGAGCUAGCCAAGCGAACAGAGCCCGCAAGGAUCGAAACACAGGAAGACUGGCAGUCUAACUUGGACAAUUGGAAGUCGUCGCGACGGAAGCGUGUGGAGCAUAUCAUCGAGCGGUGCGUGGAGGUGCGCCGCAUGGAGAACGAGCCGUGCCAACCUCGUGGCAAGUCCAAGACUUUCAACGAAAUGUUAGAGGAGAGAGCUGGCCGCAGAAGGCGGAACCCCCUCGCCUUAUACGCUGAUGAUGACGGCCAUGACCUAAGUGACCUCGGUAUUGGCACCUCCAGUACUAAGAGUAGCUUGAGCGAAGACUGCGACACCCACAGUUUGGCCAGCGACGGUAUCGACCUGGAUAAGAAUCAUUCAGACGUCGACAAUCUGUCCAAUUGCGACAACAACCGCAAGCUCGGUUCUAGCGCCAACGAAUACGACACUUGCACUACAACAACAAUAAGCUCACCCGAACCAGAGGAAUACACUUAUGAGGGUGCCAUCGAAGGGUAUAAGUCUCGUAUUAUAUCACAAACUAAUAGCAGCAUCGUCAAAACUGUCGUCAAUAACAACUUCAAAGAAAAAUCUCCAGACAAACAUAAUGGUGACCUACAAAGAAUCCGUAGUUCAGUUAGUAACAGAAUUGAACAGAAAUUUUCUUCUUUCGAACAUGAAAGAAAUAAUGAUACUAAGAACAACAAUCAGAAGAAAGACUUGCCAAAAGUCGAUAUCCACAAACGAAGGGAACAAUUUGAAAGGGAAAAUUCGCAAGGGUCACAAAUUAGUAAACCAAAAUUACCUGAUAUUGCUAACAAAAAAUCAAUAAAAGAAAGGUUAUCUAGUUUAGAGAAAUUCACAGAAGAAACGAUUGUUCAAAAAUCUAAUAAUGACCUGACUAAGUUACCUUCAGAAGUAAGACCACUAAAGGAAAGACUGUCAUCCCUUGAAAAAGUAAAAUCAGCUUCAGUAGAGACAGAUAGAGCAAAAAGACUAUCCAACGGCGAUUUAGGUAACACUAAAUCAUUGAAAGAACGAUUAUCCAGCCUUAAGUCACAAACAUCUGAAGAAGAAGUAAAAGUUUCAAAAAAAGAGGUAAAGGAAGUUUCUAUGAGCCUCAAAGAAAGACUAUCUUGCUUAGAUGCGGCACGAAACAAAGAGAUUCCAAAAAUAUCCAUCGACGAGACGCUUGUUAUUCAUGAAAAGGUGGAAACCAAUAUAGACAAUGAUUCUAAUGAUAAAUUGAUGGAUAGUUCGUUGAAGUCAAGUUUAUCUGGGAUAGAAAGUCAAAUGCAGAGUUUCUGUCGUUCUCUUGACAGUUUAGAUAUUAAUGGACAGUCUUCACCAAAUUCUUUUGAAAGAGUUCAAAGCUUGGAAGAUUUUGAUUGUGCCGAGAUGCAAAAUAACACCAUCCCAAGUGAUAUUGAAACUGAAGAUAGUGGUAUUCAUACUGCAAGAGACUCUUGCGUCCCGCCUGAUGACAUUGCUGAUUUAACUCAAGUAGCUUCUCCUUUAGGAGAACCUAUGGUUGAAGUUUCAGAAUAUGAGUCAUCUAAUGAAGACAAUAUCAUGACUAUAGAACCGACUAAAGUUGAAGAAUACACAGAAAAAAACGAUGAAUCGGUGCAAAGAGUUUUACAGGAUAUUAUUAUAGAAGAAGUAGAAGAGCAAGAUAGUAAGGCGGAAGAUACCGAUAGUGCAAGUAACUAUCUUCAAGCAGUGUCACAACCAGAAGAACUGAGUGUGACAGAGGAAGUGACGGAAAUACAAAUGGACAAAGAUGAUGAAGAUACUCUUAAGAGUUUGGAUAAUCAAGACACUAGUGUAAGUUUGAAUGAAUCUUCAACAUCUGAAGGAGACACGGUGGUGUUUCAGGGAAAGAUGACCAUACAUUUAAACUUGAAUGAAAUUUGCAACAAUAUGAAUGCUGGUGCUGGGAACACAACUAAUUGUAGCAAUCUUAGUUCUUUUAAUGAUACUAACAACAAGAGCAUGCCUAUGGUAACUGUUUCUAAUAUUAUAACUACUACUAACAUUUCACCAAAAAAUUCCAUUAAAACCCUAAAAACAUUUAAUGAUAGUCAUAGCUCGCUUCCUAACAAACUCGCUAAUACAACAUGUACAUCUGAAUAUACAAGUAACAGUAUACAAGCGAUAAAUAAAUCUGAUUCGUGUGAUCAAAUCACUACUACCAACUGUACGACUGUGUCUAAUAAACAAAGCAACGAGAUCACCAAUCUAAACCGUAACAUUGCAGCUGCCGAAACAGGAGAGGUAGUGGUAAGUACCUCCCAAGAUUCUAACCCUUUUUGGCAAAAAAGAACUAAACGAAACAUUGAACCCAACAGACGAAAAACCAUCUUGUUUAUUAAUAACAAAGUAACAACAAAAACAGUAACUAAUACCAGCACCGUUGUCACCAACAAUCUGUGAAACGAAGGCCUAGAUUAAUGUAUCUAAUGACUAGUCUAAUCACUUUCUCAUAAAUUGCCAAUCCAAAGCAAGACAGAUGAGAAAAUCUAGAUGAAGACUUAAUUUUUAGAAUUUUUAUGAUCUAUUGAUCUCACUCACAAGAAUUUUUGGUCUUCCACUAAAUCCCUUAUCAUUUGCAUCACACUCGAUCCCUGUAUAUCAUAGAAAUUAAUAAAUAAUUAAUCGUUAUGUGAUGUCCAUUUAAUAACAUCGUAUAGUUGAUAGGAGUCAUCACUUAUAAAUUUUAAUGUGCUAAAAUGUUAAAUAACCAUUUGGAUCCUAGCACUUAGCAAACAUAGUUUCAUUGCCUACACUAUUUUAAUUGUAAUUUAUACUUAAAUAAACAGGGUUAUGAAUUGUAGUGCUCAUCACAUGUAUAAUAUAUCCUAUUUAUAUACACUAUAGGUCAUUUUUUAUAUUAUAGAUGUAGUUCAUUUGAUAUUCUUUAGGAUUCAUUCGUUAAUAUAUUUAUCUAAAACGUGAUAUUUGUAAAUUCAUUUAUAUCAAAAAUAUAUGUUACACCGUUAUGUGUGGGUUUUAUUUUAUUUAUAGUAUUAUAAGUAAUCAAGUAUCACAUUCCUAUAGGUAUUAAAGUUAUUAUAUUUUAGUUUAUGUACAUUUUUUAAUUAAUCAUUAUGAUAGGCUGUAAAUUACGUAGGAAAAUCUGAGCGAAAUACUUAAGAUAAUGUUAUCUCUGAAAUUAUCUUGUCC